CCUCAUAUAUGUACAUAUAUUUUGUGUUAUUUUUGUUUAUUUUUUUUCAAAUAAAUUAUGAGUUGUGUAAGAAUAAUAGGUAAAGAUAAUAACAUAUACAGAAAAGUUGCUGAUUAUUGCGUCUUGGAGGAGACGAAUCAAUGUUGCAUACUUUGCAGUUAUUGUCAAAAUAGCUAUGAAACUGAGAAUCUUUUCUGGAUCCAUAUACGGGAAGAACAUAAUUUUGCACUACCUCCCAUAGGUAACGCGGAAGUACAAGAUACUAAUUCAACAUGUGGCGACUCUAAAGGUUUUUCACAACUUAGUUGUGUGCAAGAGCAAGUCGAAUCAUAUGAUUUAGCGGUAACAAAAUUUAUCCAAGAGUUGGUAGAAAUGUUGGAACAACAAACACAAAUAUCAGAUGCUUUGACUUUAUUUGAAUGUGAAAAUAAACCAAGUCCCCGUAAAGACAUGAAAGAAAACGAAGGCGGUCACUUGGCUGCCAUAUGUCAAUCAGAAAACGAUAACAAAGCAUGCGAGCUUGAAACUUGUAUUUCUAAUUUAGAAACUGAGAUAUACAAAGACGAUAUCAAUGGAUCUGAUUUAGUUCCUUUUAUAAAAGAAAUAGAGGAUCAAAUUGUGCGUACAACUUUUCGCUUCUCAUUUGAUACGAUUGCACGUAAUGAUAUCAGAUGUAAUUCUAUUAAUUUAAAUCAGCAACCAUCUACUUACACGUUUCAAAAUAAUAACAAAAUAAACCAGAUCGACCCUCGGAUAUAUAAUCGAAACUAUAAGCCUUUAAAUAACAAUAUGGAAGUUGAAUCUUUGGCUUUUGCAACUCAAGCACUAAAUUUCGAAACAACUAACGUGACUUCUCAGAACACAGUUGAAGAACCUAAAGCUUUGAAUGAACAAUUGGACUUUGACUUUAUAAACUUUACAAACCAGUGUAAUAUAUAUGAAACAAAUGAUUUAGAUCAAGAAAUUGGUGUUAAGACCUUAGCGUCUACAAAACAAGCCGAAGCUUAUGAAAUACAAAACUCUAAAUCUCAGUUAAUAAUUGAAGAUAUUACGUACUCUUCAAACCAAACUGAAGUGCAGAACGGAAAACAGACUGGCAUAAUAAUUAAAGAUGAAACAAUUAAACCGAGUGAUGUCUCAGUUCAACACAGUGAGGUUGCGAAUUACUGUGGUGUUAUUCAAGCACAGAAUGAAGAAACUAUUUGCAGUCUCGUAACAGCUACCAAUCAUAAUAAUUUGAAGGAAGAAAAUAUGUUUGAAGCUAACACAAACGUUCAAAGAGCCUCUAACGGAAAGAACAUUGCUAACAACGCUGUUUCAAAGAACCUAAGCAAAGAAGAAACACUUAAAAAUUUGUUCCAAGAAAUUCAAGAUUCAAAUAAUAGCAUGAAUCUAAUUCAUGCUUUUAAAAAAAUACAUCAAAAAUAUAACGAACUACAAGCAAUUUUACAUGCAAAUCCUAUUGAAUCGAUUAAUCAAAUUUUAAGUGCAAUACCAACGGUUCCACUAGAAACCACUUAUGAGGUGUUAGCUUUAGAUCGCAAUAUUCGAACAAUAAAAUCUUUGCAUGAUAUUUUUUAUGAUGAAUCAUUGCUUAUCGUCGCAGCCGAGCCCGAUUUAUUUGUAAUAAUUAUUUGGAAACUUAUUAUGACCGACGAAACCGCUAGUUCAUUCUCUUGGUAUGGCGAAAGUGAUAAAUAUGUUAAAAAAUAUCCAAUUAAAGACAUGGCAAUAUUUGAAGCUCUCCAAGCUGUAUUCCGGCAAAAAUUCCCCAAAGAAUCAACUGACUACUUUAAGCAACAUACGAUUAGUUAUUUUAAAGGAAAACAUGAAAGCAUUAAACGAAAACUUACAGAGACCUUUCUUAUGAGGGAAAUAGAGUUAAACCGGUCAAAGCGACUUGCGAUAAAAGCCGAAAGGAAGACUGGUUCAUAACGAAUUUACAACAAUAACUGUAAUAAUAUGAAAUCCAUAAGUUAUAGCUAUAAAUUUAAUCUGGAUCUAGUUUUUAGCAAAACCAAUCAAAAUUUCUAAAUUAAUAUGUACUAUCAACAUAUGUGAUGAAAAUGACUUUUAAUGUAAUUUUAAAGUGAUGGAUUAAUUUAUACUU